AUGCGCGCCCUCACAGAAGAAGAGACACAGACGCUUUUCAAGAAGCUCGCCGAAUACUGCGGGUCAGGCCUGAAGGAGCUUAUCAAGCCUCUCGAUAACUCCCCCAACGCCGACCGCUAUGUCUUCCGACUCUCCGGAAACCGCGUAUACUACGCUCUCCUCUCCCUAGCCAACGCCGCCACCGCAUUCCCCCGCGACCAGCUCCUCUCCCUCGGAAUCUGCAUGGGCAAAUUCACCAAGACCGGCAAAUUCCGCCUGCACAUCACCGCCCUCCCCAUCAUCGCCGAAGUCGCACGCAACAAGAUCUGGAUCAAGCAGAACGGCGUCAUGCCCUUCCUGUACGGCUCGAAUGUCGCCAAGGCCCACGUCGCAAAGCUACCGGAUGAGAUGGGCGAACACAGCGGUGUCAUCGUUUGCACGCAGGAUGAUGUUCCGCUUGGAUUCGGGAUCACGGCCAGGAGUACGGCUGAGGCGAGGAGGUUGGAGCCUACGGGUGUCGUCUGCUUCCGACAGGCGGAUUGCGGCGAGUACCUGCGUGAUGAGGAUACGCUGUUUGCUUCCGGGUAA